AUGAAGUCACAUCAUGAACCACCAAUAACAGUGCACCCAGUUAUUGAGGGCAAGGUCAUAAAGGUGGAAGUUGACACAGGGACAGCUGUUUCAGUGAUCUCAGAAAGUGAUUACAGUGCAAACUUCAACACGGUUAAUCUUGAACCAUCCAGCGAAAUACUGCGAGCUUAUUCAGGAGACACAAUCCAACCCUUGGGCAAGAUAAAAGUGAAUGUGAAACUCAACUCCCAAACUGCUAACCUUGACUUACUUGUUGUACCACAUGGUGGACCAGCUUUACUCGGAAGAGACUGGCUUGGAAAGCUACAACUCAAUUGGCAGGAGAUCAAGACUUUGCGCGCAGUUAAUUCAACUUACCAGUCAACACUGAAGGAUCUACUUGACUCGCAUGAGGAUCUGUUCGCACCUGGGGUCGGGACCCUCAAACAUAUAAGUACAGUAACAGUGGACCCUGAAGCCAAACCGGUAUUUAUGAAGGCCAGAAACGUCCCAUAUUCCUUGAGGAUGAAGGUUAAACAAGAACUUGAGAAACUACAGAGAGAUGGAAUUAUUGAACAGGUGGCACACAGCAAGUGGGCUACCCCAAUAGUCCCAGCCAUCAAGAAGAAUGGCAGUGUUCGGUUGUUUGGUGAUUACAAAGUAACCGUCAAUCCAGUAAUGUGUGUGGACAAGUAUCCUCUUCCCAAAAUUGAGGACAUAUUCGCAACUCUUGCUGGGGGUAAGAAAUUUUCAAAACUUGACCUGAUGCAGGCCUACCACCACAUGAAACUGGAUGAUGAUUCACAGGAUCUACUUGUUAUCAACACCCAUAAAGGGCUUUUUAAGUACAAGCGACUCCCAUAUGGCAUCGCAUCCGCUCCAGCUUUAUGGCAACGAGCAAUCGAGCAAGUACUACAGAAUAUACCAUCAACACAAGUGAUCAUUGAUGACAUUAUUGUUACCGCUAAAAUCAGCUACGUUGGACAUGAAAUUGAUGCUCAUGGCAUACACAAGUCACCUGACAAAAUUAAGGCAGUAAAGGAAGUCCAAUGCCCCAAGAAUGUGUCACAGCUCAGAUCAUUCUUGGGUCUAGUGAACCACUAUCACAGAUUCAUAGACAAUCUGUCAAGUGUAGCAGGACCAUUACAUGAACUUCUCAACAAAGGAACCAAGUGGGAAUGGAGCUCCAAGAGAGAAAGAGCUUUUAAAGAAAUCAAGGAGUUGAUUUGCUCCGACAAAGUUCUGUGCCAUUACGAUGCUAAACUACCCUUGAAACUAGCUGCAGAUGCUUCGCCCUAUAGAAUCGGAUCUGUACUUUCCCAAAUGUUUCCUGAUGGAUCAGAAAGACCCAUAGCAUUUGCGUCACGCACAUUGAACCAGGCAGAGAAGUCUUAUUCACAAAUAGACAAAGAAGCCCUUGCUCUGUAUUGGGGUGUGAGGAAGUUCAAUUCAUACCUUUAUGGUCAUAAGUUCACUCUAGUGACAGACCACAAACCACUGCUUAGUAUAUUCAACCCGAAAAAAUCCCUUCCUGUGAUGACAGCGGCACGUCUUCAGCGCUAUGCAGUAUUCUUAUCAGGAUACCAGUAUGACAUUGAGUUUCGUGGAACAAAGUUACAUGGUAAUGCAGACGCACUUUCCCGUGUACCGCUACUCAGUGUCGAUCAACCACAGGAUGAGAAGGACCCUAAUAAUUUGUUUUACAACAAGCAUUUUGAUGACCUACCUGUAACAUGUGUGCAGAUUCGUAGAGAAACCCAACGUGACCAACUUCUUAGUCAAGUUUUGGAUUAUGUGGUAAGAGGACAUUUUCCUCAGGGUUGUGAUGACGAGCUAAAACCGUACUUCAAUCGCAGAGAUGAACUCAAUGUUUAUCAAGGAUGUGUGACUUGGGGAAAUCGUGUGAUCAUACCAAACAUUUUACGUGAGAAAGUUAUGACAGAACUUCAUUCCGGCCACAUUGGUAUUGUCAAGAUGGAGGCUGUAGCUAGAUCCUAUGUAUGGUGGCCCAAGCUUGACGAAGCAAUUGAGGGAAUCUGCAAGGUUUGUUCUGGUUGUAGAAGUGUUCAGACCACACCUUCCGCUGCACCAGUGGAACCAUGGAAUUUCCCGCCAAAGGCAUCGCAUCGGUUACACAUAGAUUUUGCCGGCCCGUUCCAGAGCGCCAUGUUUCUCAUUGUUGUAGACGCGCAUUCGAAAUGGCCAGAGAUUUUUGAAAUGAAAAGCACCACAAAUAAUGCUACAAUUAACACUUUACGGACAUUGUUCGCACGUCAAGGGAUACCUGUAGAGGUAGUGUCCGAUAAUGGACCUCAGUUCCGGUCAGAGGAAUUCCUGCCAAUUCAUGGAAUCUAA